AUUAUAUGUAUUAUACAAUUCAUAGGAUAACCAACAAAUUCAUACCUAAACCAAAAAAAAAAACAAAUUCAUACCCCCAUCAUAUGAUAUAUAUACACACACACACACAAAACCAUCACAUUGUAUAAUUAGAUGGGGGUAUUUAUAUGAUUGUAUCUACGACCAGUUCAAGACCACAUACACAAAUUAUUGCCAUUUCCUUUCCUGAAAGAUAAUUUUUUUUUUCCUCUCUCUCUCAAACACAGUAAAACCAAAACCAUGGUUCGACCACAAGAAGAGGGGGCUGGUCCGGUUCACGGGAUCCUGUUCUCGACGGUGGGUUCACCUCGGCCGUCACCGCACGGUACGACCCACGAACCGACCGGUUUAGACCUAGCCAUGAAGCUACACUACCUCAAAGUCGCGUACAUAUUCUCGGCAGAGACGGCGGGUGAGAUCGACGUAACGAGCGUGAAGGAGGGCAUGUUCGUGUUGUUCGAACAGAUUUCCUGGACCACGGGGAGAUUCCGCCGCCACUUGUCCGGACGUCCGUACAUCAAGUGCAACGACUGCGGUGCUCGGUUCGUUGAGGCACACUGCGAUUUCACCGUCGAGGAGUGGCUCAGUGAACCGGAUCGGUCUGAUGAUGAGCUCCUGGUUUUCCAUAAACCGGUCGGACCGGAACUUGCUUUCUCUCCUUUGAUCUAUGUUCAGAUGACCCGGUUUAAGUGUGGAGGCCUAUCAUUGGGCCUGAGUUGGGCCCAUGUUCUCGGAGAUCCAUUUUCUCUAUCGUAUACGAUCAAUCAAUGGGCCCAAACUUUUGUUGGUGACAAGAUCCACAUCCCAAUUCCCUCCAACAGGCUGACCCCAAAUGCAGGCCCAGACCCAAUAAAACCCGGUUUGGACCGGGAAGAACUAGGUUUCGUAAAACGGGUCGACCCGGUUGGGGACCUUUGGGUCCUACCCAACAACAAGAAGAUGGCGACAUUCAGUUUCAAACUGACCGUUGCUCAGAUAUCACCAUUUUUUCUGGCGAAACCGUCGGCGGAGAACGAGGGAGAUCGGGUUCCAGUGUUCGAGGCUCUCUGUGCGAUCAUAUGGAAGUGUGUAGGCAAAGUUAGGGAGAACUCAGAACUGGUGACGACGAUCACAGUCAUGAGGAAGAAUCCGAAUGGGGAGAAACCUAGAUCGGUGAACAACGAUCAGACGAUAAGCUCCGCUCAGGUCGGUUAUCCAGUGGCCGACGCAGAUCUUUGGGAAUUAGUCCGAUCCAUCAGGGAAGCCACCGAUGUGAGGUCUGAGAUCGAAGAAAUCGGGGAAAGCGACGACGGAGUCCUGGAUCUCGUCGUGUACGGAGCGAGAUUGACGUUCGUGGAUCUGAGCAAAGCGGGAUUUUACGGUGUGAAGCUGAAGGGGAAUCCGCCAGAAUCGGUGUAUUUCGGGAUUCAGGGAGUGGGAGACGACGGAGCGGUGGUGGUGUUGCCGACGGCGGUGGCGGAGGAAAGGGUGAUGACGGUGACGUUGCCGGAGGAAGAGGUCGAGAGGGUGAAAUCGGAAUUGAAGAAGUACGGUUUGUUUUCAAUGGAAAACGGCUGCCACUGAAUUUAUAUGCUGCUGCUGAAUAAAAAAAAAUCGCGCUA